ACUCCAGAUUGUUUCCUCUGUUGUUGGAAAAUCGUGAAACAAUACGGUUUGUCUCUGAUCUUUGCAGCUUGAUCUUCAAAUUCUUGAAUAAGGAGAACAGUAGAUACUGAAAAAGAUGGCAAAUGAAGCCAAGCCAUGCCCCUGUGAUAUUGGUGAUCGGAUGGACUAUGGGGGGCUAGGCCAGGAGGUCCAGAUCGAACACAUCAAAGCUUAUGUAGUGAAACCAUCCUCUGCAUCUGACAAGGCCAUCAUUGUCAUACAAGACAUCUAUGGGUGGCAGCUUCCCAACACCAGAUACAUGGCUGACAUGCUGGCUGCCAAUGGAUACAUUGCUGUCUGUCCAGACUUCUUUGCUGGAAAGGAGCCGUGGAGUCCAUCACAUGACUGGUCCAAAUUUCAGGAGUGGCUGGAGGACAAAAAGCCAUCAAACAUAAACAAGGAGGUGGAUGCAGCGCUGAGGUUCCUGAAGGAGCAGUGCGGGGCCAAACACAUUGGAGCAGUGGGCUUCUGCUGGGGAGGGGCUGCCACGCAUUACCUUGCACUGCAGUAUCCAGAGGUCAAAGCUGGAGUGUCAGUCUAUGGGAUCAUCCGUGAAAGAGAGGACAGGUAUGAGCUGAAGAGUCCAACGCUGUUCAUCUUUGGGGAGAAAGAUGAGGUUAUCCCACUCGACCAGGUGAGUGUCCUUGAAACAAAGCUGAAGGAGAAAUGCACAGUGGGUUACCAGGUGAAGAUCUUUCCCGGUCAGACUCACGGGUUUGUCCACCGCAAAAGAGAGGACAUCAACCCCGCAGACAAACCCAGCAUCCAGGAAGCCAGGACAGACAUGCUCAAGUGGCUCAACAAGUGCAUGUAAACGGCCAGGAUAAGCUGCAUGAGACGUAUCAGCAAAGGGAGUAAGAGUCAGUCACACACAAACACGUUGCAAAUGGUACUUUUAAUCAUGUUUCUGCACGUACCAGACCAACUAACACGAAAGGAUGAACACCAAGAUCAAAUGUGAUAUGUAGAGGUACCAUUUACAGCGAGCUGAGGUCAGUCAUUGUUUGUCAUAAUUUUAGUUUGAUUGGUGACAUUCCAGUUUUCCAUGCGCUUCCUCAUGGUUGUAUUUCAGAGGUCUAGAUGUUUGGAUACUAAAGAACUGUGAUUGUAUGUGAUUUUGACUUCAAAUGAAAUGUGAAUUUAAAUUGUGGAGCCAAACCUGUUUAGUACUUCUGCUUUGUGCCAAGAACAAAUAUGGAUGCACUAUGUUGUCUUGUUUAUGUAAGAACACAAGAUUUUAUAACAUUCAUAGCUCAUUAUCAGCUUGGCAAGUUAUUGAAAAUUCUCAAGUGUAAUAAGACAUGUAAUGUACGCCUGACAUGAAAUACACAAAGAUCAAUAUUAUCGGGUUCAGUAUUGGUGGUUUGAAAUCAGAACUACAGAGUCUGGAAAUUUCAACUGACCAACAUUUUAAUGGUGACUUUGAUACGACAACAGCUUGAACAUUUUGUAUCAAACGAUAAAUAGCAAUAAGCAGUGCGUUUUGGACAUGGUUCUUGGGGAAGUGCCUAAAACCUCAGAACAGCUCGGAAAACUUAAAGUGUUCCAGGAGGCCUUCAGUCCUCGCUUUCUCCCGGGCUUCGGAUGUCGUCAAUCUUCAGGAUCAUCUUGACCACCUGAGUGGCCAGCAAGAUCUGCUGCUUCUUGCCGAUCAGGGUCUCGACCACAUGUUGCUGCUUCAUGUCUGCGUGUGAGCAAAACAAAAAAAGCCAUUUGAUAUCAUGUCGUCUUGCUUUGACUUUGAAGUGCAGUGUUGUGAUUGUCUGACAGCUGGUUCCUUACCAUUGGUGUUGUUGUGCAGACAGUCGAUGCCAAGGAAGGGGUUGGUCUCUCUGACCUGUUUGGCCCUGACCUCUGUCAUGGUCUGGAUAGGGUUCAGUCCACUGUUCUCAGCCAGUGCCAUUGGGAUAACCUCCAGAGCAUCAGCAAAAGACCUCAUGGCAUACUGCUCCAAUGAUGGG